GUAAAUUUGCCAUUUCUAUUCGAGUAUCGAUUUGAAAGCUCUGCUCAGUACUCAGAUUUUCGGUGACAUGCAUCAAAACACGACCUCCAACUACAUAGGAGCAGGAAUUUCUUGCAUUGAGGAAACUUCUCGUCGUGUGAGGCGCCAAGCUUCGCAUCCAGGCAACUCAGAACUUGUUGCAGACCACAGACCAAUUCCGUUCAAUAACUCAGGGUAUACAGAAAGAAACCGGUGCGACAAUCAUGCUCGGGAUCGAGAAGGAGGCAGGGACAAUGGAACCCCUUUCGAUUCAUCAAUUCAAGUUUGGAUGCGACAAGUGAUGACAAUCAUUUCUCUUCUGCUGAUCUGCAUCACAGACGUCACAGCCAAAGCUUACGACCGGGACUCAAGCGACGCAGCCCUCGAGUUCCAGGACAUCCUACCCUCGGACCCUCGAAGCUACGACAAGAUGACACCACCUCGAGAGGAGGGCCAGCCUACGAUCGUCUACUUCCACGUCACGGUCAUGAGUCUCGACUCGAUCGACGAGAGUUCGAUGACCUACGCAGCAGACAUUUUCUUCGCCCAGAGCUGGAAGGAUGCUCGGUUGCGUCUCCCCGAUAACAUGACGCAGCCAUACAGACUCCUACCCGUGCAAUGGCUCAAGGGAAUAUGGCGCCCUGACGCAUUCUUCAAGAAUGCCAAGGCUGUCACAUUCCAGGAGAUGACGAUCCCAAACCACUACCUGUGGCUCUACCAGGACAAAACCAUCCUGUAUAUGGUCAAGCUAACGUUGGUGCUGUCAUGUGCCAUGAACUUCGAAGUGUAUCCACACGACACCCAGGAGUGCACCAUGAAAAUAGAGAGCAUUUCCCACACGACCGACGACUUAGUGUUUGUGUGGGAGCCGACAGUCCCUCUGGAGGUGGACAAAAGCAUCGAGCUCCCCCAGCUGGACCUGGUCCGCAACGUGACCGGCGACUGUACACAAGUCUACUCUACCGGCAAUUUCACAUGCCUGGAGAUCAUAUUCACGUUCCGGCGGCGGCUAGGCUACUACUUGUUCCACACGUACAUCCCCACAUGUCUCAUCGUCAUCAUGUCCUGGAUCUCCUUCUGGAUCCGUCCUGAGGCCGUGCCAGCGCGCGUCACCCUCGGCGUCACGUCGCUGCUCACCCUCGCCACCCAGCACGCUAACUCACAGAAAUCCUUGCCCCCGGUGUCCUACAUUAAGGCAAUAGACGUGUUCAUGUCAUCAUGUGCAGGCAAUAGACGUGUUCAUGUCAUCAUGUAUUUGCAGGCAAUAGACGUGUUCAUGUCAUCAUGUAUGGUGUUCGUGUUCCUGUCACUGAUGGAGUAUGCACUCGUCAACGUGGUACUGGGGGAUGUCCCUGAGGAGAGCCGCGCUCUCGACGCCAGAAUCAAAGCUAAGCAGCACAAGAAUGACUGCGCGAUCGGCAAACGGUGCAUGCCGACACACACGCACUGUGGUGAACACAUCGGACCAUGCUGCUGCGCCCAGCACUACGGCUGCAUCGGCACAUCCGUGACAUCAGCCGCUGUUUCCAUAGCCUUGCCACCGCCGCCACCUCCACCAGCCGCCGCCACCACAUCGCCGCAUCUCAGAAAGAACAACAGAGAAGAGAAUCAAAACAAGCGAACUAUGCCGUGCCCGUUGACUUCUUCGCCGUCACCCAAAAAACACCACAAUAACUGGUCACAGGUGAUGGAGCAGAGACGUCAUCGCGCUAUCCUGAUCGACCGCUUCUCUCGAGUGGUCUUCCCGCUCUCCUUCACGAUUCUGAACAUCGUUUACUGGUGCGUCUUCGUUGUCGAGUGGCCCGCCUUUGGCUCCAAUGACGUCGAGUCUUAGGGUUGAAGUCUUAUUCCAAGCAACAAGACUCCCGGUUAAUGUUGUUUGGAGUUAUUUCGAUGCUUCUCAAUCUUUACAACUUCUUUUAUUAGAAAUUAUGCUCAAUAGCGCGAGAAGAUGUUCCCCUCAUCCAAUCGAGCGUGAAAACCAUUCAAACUGAAAGUUCGGUGCUACAAUUUUCUAAAUACAUAAAGUUAUGAGAGGCCAAGAUCUCGAAAGUUACGUGUCAUUGUUUUACGUGAACCAUAGCGCGAAAGAGCGAAUAACAGUUUUUGGAUUUAUUUAAAAGUUUGCAGUUAUUGUUGAACUUCAAGGGAUGUAGCGUUACUUGAAAUUGGUUUGAAGCUACGUGAACUACGUAGCUUCAAAGCUACGGUGAAAGCUACGGUGAAAUUUUGUGAACUAGUUUUUAGUUGAAACCCAAACCAACGGAUCCACAGAUUGAUACCGAUGAAUUAUCACGAUCUUGCAUAAUGAAUAAGGAAUUGUUCUAUUUUAAAAUCAAUUCUUCUCUUUCUCUUAAUUCUCAAACAUUUAU